AUGGUCGCCGACUUGAUAAAAAUGACCCGCUCGAACGCGUCCAGCGUGUCGCUUUUUUUGGAACUGCGAAAGCAAUCCGCCCUGUCUCCGCAGUGUAUUCUGGGUACCCGCAGUAGAUUCAAGAUGGCGGCGAGCAGGAGACUGCACAAGGAACUUGAAGAGAUUCGCAAGUCUGGAAUGAAAAACUUCCGAAACAUUCAAGUGGAUGAAUCCAACAUACUGACCUGGCAAGGUCUCAUUGUCCCUGACAACGCACCUUAUGACAAGGGAGCUUUCAGGAUCGAAUUAAUCUUCCCCGCCGAGUACCCCUUCAAGCCCCCCAAGAUCACGUUCAAGACGAAGAUCUACCACCCCAACAUCGACGAGAAGGGACAGGUGUGUCUGCCUGUCAUCAGCGCAGAGAACUGGAAGCCGGCCACCAAAACAGACCAAGUAAUUCAGUCCCUGAUUGCGUUGGUGAACGACCCCCAGCCAGAGCACCCUCUGAGGGCAGACUUAGCAGAAGAAUAUUCAAAGGACCGUAAAAAAUUCUUUAAGAACGCAGAAGAGUUUACAAAGAAACAUGGAGAAAGGAGACCAAUGGACUGAUUACUUGACCAGUGUGUAGCCCCCUCUCUCUCUCCCUUCCUCACCCCCACAACCAAAUGUAUGUCUUCUCCUUCCUUCUCUCUGUACCUUCCCCCACUCUCUCCUCCUCAUCUCCCCACACAUCCUCUCCUCCAUUCUUCCCUCACACAUACAUGUCAUCCUAGCAGCCUCACCUCAGCGCAUGGCUGCCGACACAGCCUACCCUUUACACAGGACCCUGGAUCAGACAGGUUUCUCCUCCUGGUGAUAGCUCGAGGCCGUUACUAACUUUCUACUAUUUUCUUAAAUUAAAAUGAAAAAAAAAUUUGGUUAGAUCACUUCCAUGUUAAAGAUGGUGAACUAAUGAGGUUGGGGAGGGAGUAGAAGGAAAUGAUUAAAAAAAAUCCAAUGUUUUAGUUUGGCUGUUUGUUUAAAAAGAGGAAAAACAAGAAAUCACAGCUUGAGUAUCGUAUGCCUCUUGUGGUAGCACUAAUUUGUGGAAGGAGAUUUUUCUGACAGAGAAUGAAAAGUAUGUUUCUGCUUUUCUUAUUUUCUGUUUCCUGUUCUCUUGUCUCACCUUAGUCUUGUCACACCCCAAAAUGAAACGUUAUCUAGGUCCUGGAAGUGUGUGCUGAAAUGUUAUCUAGGUCCUGGAAGUGUGUGCUGAAACGUUAUCUAGGUCCUGGAAGUGUGUGCUGAAACGUUAUCUAGGCCCUGGAAGUGUGUGCUGAAACGUUAUCUAGGCCCUGGAAGUGUGUGCUGAAACGUUAUCUAGGUCCUGGAAGUGUGUGCUGAAAUGUUAUCUAGGUCCUGGAAGUGUGUGCUGAAAUGUUAUCUAGGUCCUGGAAGUGUGUGCUGAAACGUUAUCUAGGCCCUGGAAGUGUGUGCUGAAACGUUAUCUAGGCCCUGGAAGUGUGUGCUGAAAUGUUUUUCCCUUCUGACUUCCCUGCUUCUGUAGUUGCACUGUUUUCUGUGGAACAAGCCGUUGUCCAUCCCCCUCAGUUUGAAGCCAGUCCACUGAACAGACAAAAUGCCAACCGAUUUAAUGAGCCAAUAUUGUCAUCAGUUGUUACAAUUACAAGUGUAAUUACAAGUGUAAUUGACUGGU